AAAGAGUGUGUAGCUGACAGGCGCGAAGAAUCCACAUAGCCUACUAAAUUCAGUCGAGUUGUAUUUGUGUUCAAUAGCGAGUACCUAUUAACAUCCACUAAAAAAUUCAAACAUGGGCGUACCAGCUGGUGAUGUUGAAAAGGGUAAGAAACUCUUCGUGCAACGUUGUGCUCAAUGUCAUACUGUCGAGGCUGGUGGCAAGCACAAGGUCGGCCCUAACCUGCAUGGUCUGAUCGGCCGUAAAACUGGUCAAGCUGCGGGUUUCGCUUACACAGAUGCCAACAAAGCGAAAGGUAUUACCUGGAAUGAGGAUACCCUCUUCGAGUACUUGGAGAAUCCCAAGAAAUACAUCCCAGGCACAAAGAUGAUCUUCGCCGGUCUGAAAAAGCCCAAUGAACGUGGUGAUCUUAUUGCCUACCUGAAAUCAGCAACCAAGUAAAUUUAAUCCACGAAAAACCAUCAAAUGUAAAAGAAGCUAUCAAAAAGUAAACCACCUCAUUGAUGUUUAACCCUUUAUUAUUAAGGUUUUAAACACAGUAAAUAAAUUCAAUCGACAAUUAAAAAACAAUUUGGAGUGCGUCCCGGACAUUGGCUCAUCAAAGGAUAAUGGUAGCAAAUGCCUUAAAAGCAAAGGGCACCGCAUAUUUUUAAGAGCAAAGAUACACUUAUUAGUUUUAAAUGUAACUACUCUAUAUAGGGGAAUUUAAUUAAAUAAUUUAAUUCUGUAAAAGAAAUUCAAGCAAACAUAAAGCUGGUACCUAACUUCAAGGCAUUGAAGAAAAAAAUAUUUAACAUCAACAAAACUUAACGGAAAAGAAACAAUAAAAACUGCAAAACUAAAA